AUGAACGACGAGGCCGAGUCGUCUCGAGCUCCACAACGCCAUGACGAUGCUCUACCCGAGCUGGCGGACCUUGAAGAUGCGAUAGCACGCUUGGAAGAGGAGGAACAGCGCGAAAAGGAAAAACAGGCAAAGCAGGCGAGGUUGGAUGCGAAGAGGAAGCGCAUACAGAUGCUGGGCGAGCUGCUGCGCGACUUGGAUAUGGUUGUCUACCUGGAACUCAUCACUCUCUACCAUCUAGACUGCUCCUUCUUCUGGCUCGCAUUCAAGGCCUUCAUCCACGGAACACUGCUCACCCCUCUCCCGGACACGGCAACCGUCACCCGCCCGCCCGACGAACCAAAGCCCUUCCUCCCGCUACUCCUAUUUUCGUUUGGAGUCAAUUUCCUCCUGCAUCUCACAUACCCGGCGCCCUCGGCCGGCGAGGAUACCAGAGGCUACUUACACGGUGGCUUGAUGAUCGACUUUAUCGGCCAACAGGGCCCUACCAGCAAGUGGAAGCUUGGCGCGCUCGACAUAUGCAUCCUGGUCCUGCAGCUCGUCAUGGUGUCGGUGCAUGUCAAGAGGCGGGAGCUGAAGAAGAAGCUGGCGAAACUAUCGGCUGGCCUAACGACAUCCACCGCCACGUCAGACCCGCCACCAGCAGAAACGGCAACAGCGACCAGCGAUAACACAGCGCGGGGCCAGGAUGUCGACGACGAGGAGCGAGGCGUGCUACACCGAACUGACACCAUGUCAGAUAUUGGCCUUGAUGCCGAUGGCGAACAAGAUGCGCUGCUGCCGACGUCCGAGUCUGGCCAUGUCGACGCCAUGGAGGUGCUCAGUUCCGGCCAGUGUGUCAUCGGUGACUUCACCCUGUUCGACACCCUCCUCCAGGAAAACAGGAACUACUCGGCUUACAGACUGACGCGGACCGAAAGCGGCAUCAAUGACAUGCCCGAGACGCUGCGGCGACUCAACACUCUGCGCACGCGCUUCGGAGUCGGGGGUGGAUGA